AUGGCUUGGCUGGCCAUGGCCUGGGCUGGCUGCCUGCCGCCUGGGCAUGGCUGGCCGCUGCCUGGAAAGAAAUUAGUUUUCGUAACAAACAACUCUAGAAAGUCAAGAAGGCAAUACUCAAAGAAAUUCAGAUCACUUGGACUUGAAGUUACUGAGGAAGAGAAUUUUACAUCAUCGUUUGCGGCUGCCAUGUACUUGAAGUUAAAUAAUUUUUCUCCAGAAAAGAAGGUUUAUGUUGUUGGUGAAGAUGGAAUCUUGGAAGAGCUCAAGUUAGCUGGUUUUGAAUGUUUUGGUGGUCCGGAGGAUGGCAAGAAAAACAUAAAGUUGGAGGCGGAUUUCUACUUUGAACAUGACAAAUGUGUUGGAGCUGUCAUUGUUGGACUUGAUCAGUACUUCAAUUAUUACAAAAUGCAGUAUGCAAGAAUAUGUAUUAGUGAGAAUCCAGGCUGCCUUUUCAUUGCGACCAACCGUGAUCCAACUGGGCAUAUGACAUCUGCCCAAGAAUGGCCAGGAGCUGGAACUAUGGUUGCUGCAGUAAGCAGCUCAGUACAGAAAGAACCCAUUGUUGUUGGAAAACCUUCAGGCUUUUUGAUGGACUUCCUCUUGAAAAGCUUCAAUCUGGAAACGUCAAGGAUGUGCAUGGUUGGUGAUAGACUGGACACAGACAUAUUAUUUGGCCAGAACACUGGUUGCAAGACCCUCCUUGUUUUGUCUGUGCAGAGCUCUGUUCAGACUAUGUUACCUCAAUCUCAAGUCAAGACAAGUGGACCAAAGCACACGUGUGGUUCUUUCAAUAAGUGUGGUGAGUCCGUGAAAGCAAACAGAUGGGUUUGUGAUAGAGCUGUGGACUUAUUGCGGGAUGACCCUCAAAUGGAUCCAAAGGGAUUGCAAGAUGAGUUAAAAAAGUACUCAGUGGAUGUUCCAUAUCAUAGAGUUUUUAGAGGAAAGAUGAGAGCACUUGAUAUCAUAUAUGGGAAGUGGGAAGAUUGCUCCAAUCCUGUUGCACCAACUAGAAGACGCAAAAGACUUGCUUGGACAAAAGAAGAAGAAGCUGUUUUGAGGGAAGCGAUGGCAAAAUUCGCUCCACAGAAUGAUGCACCAAAUCCAUGGAUUCAGAUACUAGAAUAUGGUCAUCAUGUGUUUCACAAGACGCGCCUGCCAUGUGAUUUGAGGGUCAAGUGGAGGAACCUGAUGAUGAAGGAGCCGGCAGGCUAUUGA